AAUCACCAGGCCCGGGUGCUGCUGAGUGUCGGCAUAGAUAUGUCAUCGAGACCACAGGAAAUCAUUUUGCCCUAGAAGUCUCAAAAGUGCUGCUGCCCAUUACCUGCCUGGGAGUAGCCGGGAACGGAAUCAGAGGAAACGAAUAAUGAGUCGCCAUGUCAUUGUGGAAGGUGGCUUCGAGAGGAGAAAGGGUCUGGGAGAUUCGAUAACGUACUCCUUUUUCUCACUUACUGCGACGAUCCAAAGAGGUUGUACCAAGUCCUCGGUGCCAACUCAAGCCUUAUCAGAUUUCCCGAACAGCUUCUGGGAUAGAUAAAAGCUUCACAGAUUCAGAUUUUCUUUCGCAACUCAUGCGAAAGGAAUACUAUUCUCAGUAUUCUCCUGUCGAUGUGGUCGACGAUGAUGACACCAAGCUCCUUGAUAGUGGUAUAGCGGCAACUAGUCCUCCACCAAGAUCACGCUUUCCUCAUUUAUGGCCAUGGUUGAGCCAUGGUGUACUGAUUUCCAUAACUUUGGUGUUCUUCACACUAUGGGCACAGGCGCCUUCGAUAGAUGACGUAGUUCUGUUCUCUCCAGCAAACGAGGCAGUUGAAUCCAUCGGCAUCGUAAAAUUCAACGGAAGUUUUGGUGCUACUUCCAUAUACCGCGGCAGUCCAUCCCCAGAGCUUGACGCCGCUUGGGAUAGCAUAUCUUUUAAUGCGCGCCCAAUUCGGAUGACGCUUGAGCAACUGCUCAGGACGGGGGAAAAACCUUCUCCUUCCAUGGCUAGGUAUCCGGACGAAUACGGUGGAGGUUACAUGGCAACUGUAGAAGCCAUUCACCAGCUCCAUUGCUUAGACAUGCUUCGCAGAGUCAGCUGGGGUGACCAUUACUAUCAUAAUGGGAACAUGCACGAAUCCCCUGAAGAAUUUCGUACCCAUAUCGACCACUGCAUUGAGAUGCUCAGGCAGUUGACUAUGUGUGCUGGUGAUACGACCAUGAUAACUCACGAUUGGGUAGAGGGAAGGACAACUCCAUUCGCUGAUUUCAACGUUCAUCACCAAUGUAGAAACUUUGAAAAGGUCUUAAAUUGGGUCGAUGAGCAUCGUGUUUUUGUCCCUAAAUCCGAGAUGGUCCGCUUGGACGAUAACGUGGACCUGCCUUCCCCUCCUUGA